AUUGAGUAUUGGCAUCGGUUACACACAAUUCACUGUCAAAGCGUAGUUGUGAGCGAGCCGACUUAUUUCAACCCAAGGACUGAAGGAAACAAAUAAACAAAUAUGCUGCGUGGUUGUAUAUGGUAUAUUUAGUUGACUGAUACAAAAUGCAUAAUGACUCUGUAGGAAUAAGUCCUCAUUAAGUAAUUAAUCUGCUGAAUGACUUUUAACAAAACGAAGUGAAUGAAUCCUGUAUUGAGAAAAUAAAGAUGUGGGAAACAAUAGAAGGAAAUGAAACAAAUGCUGUAACACUAGGAAAGCAAGCAGAAGGAUCAGAGAACUGGGAGUCAGUUGAAAAUACCAAAGAUAUCAAAGAGGAAACAGAUAUUUUAAAACAGUUAUGGGCAUGUGCGGAUAUUGCAGAGGGUGAAAAACUAGCAGACGUUAGUG